AUGGGAAACCUGACUUCGGGCAACCUUGCAGGGUGGGAUAUCGCCGUCAUUGCUAUUAACUUCGUCGUGGUGUUCGCACUGGGAAUCUGGAGAAUAGUGGAAAAGAUUGAGGUGAUUGGUGGAGGACGUACCAGAAAAGGACCUCCGUCGCGGUUCAAGCUUCUAUCAGAUCAGUAUCAGUAUCUCGUCUCCCUCGUCAUCAUGGGAAACUUGACUUCGGGCAACCUUGCAGGGUGGGAUAUCGCCGUCAUUGCUAUUAACUUCGUCGUGGUGUUCGCACUGGGAAUCUGGAGAAUAGUGGAAAAGAUUGAGGUUAUUGGUGGAGAACGUACCAGAAAACGACCUCCAUCGCGGUUCAAGCUUCUAUCAGAUCAGUAUAAGUAUCACUAUCAGUAUCUCGUCUUCCUCGUCAUCAUGGGAAACCUGACUUUGGGCAACAUUGCAGGGUGGGAUAUCGCCGUCAUUGCUAUUAACUUCGUCGUGGUGUUCGCACUGGGAAUCUGGGCAUCAUGUGCAGGGAGCAAAGAUUCGACAAGCGGCUACUUUCUGGCAGGUCGAAGCAUGCCAUGGUGGCUGGUGGGACUCUCUCUCUACAUGACCAACAUCGGAAGUCAAGUUUUCAUCGGAAUUUCGGGUACUGCCGCAAUAUCCGGUAUUGCAGUCAUCGCUUAUGAAUAUUAUGCAUUGAUAUGCUUACUUCUCCUUGGCUUUGUGUUCUGUCCCGUGUAUUUCUCUUCAGAGAUUUCGACGGUGCCACAAUAUGUGAAGAAACGUUUCGGAGGAAACAGACUGCAGACAUUUAUCUCCAUCAUCAACCUCGUCGUCGCCGUCACCAUUAUGUUGGCGGGUGAGAUUUAUGGAGGGACGGUGAUAAUCUCGACCGCUCUCGGAUGGAACGUCUACUUGUCAGUGAUCGUUCUCCUAUUGAUGACAAGCAUAUACACCGUGGCCGGAGGUCUGAAGGCCGUCAUCUACACUGACGCUCUCCAGGCCAUCAUCAUGCAGGUCGGCGCAUUCGUUCUCAUGGGAAUAUCAAUAGCAGAGAUCGGUGGCAUCAGUAACCUUCGUCUGCUCUACAUGACUGCGAUUCCUAACACGACACAGAUCUACGGCAACACAAGCUGCGGGAUCCCGACAGAGGAAGCGUGGCAUAUCUUCAGGGAUGCCCAGGACGAUGAUCUCCCGUGGCCUGGGCUCGUCUUCGGUGUCUUCUUACUGGGACUCUACUUCUGGUGCACGAACCAGGUAAUCGUGCAACGUACUCUAUCAGCGAAGAACAUAACCCACAGCAAAGCGGGGUGUAUCAUGACUGGUUUCUUUAAGCUCGUGCCCAUGUACCUGAUGAUAUGGCCUGGGAUGAUAAGUAGAUCACUCUGGCCUGAUGAGAUUGCGUGCGUGGAACCGGAAAUAUGUCAACGAGCUUGCAACAAUCCGGCUGGCUGUGCGGAUAUCGCCUACGCAAAAUUGGUCGUCGAACUCAUGCCCACGGGUGCCAAGGGCCUGAUGUUGGCGGCCAUGUUGGCAGGAUUGGUCAGCACUCUGACUUCCAUCUUCAAUGCGGCCAGCUCCAUGUUUGUCCUUGAUAUCUGGGUCAAGUUUCGGCCGUCUUCAACAGAACUUGAAAUGGUUAUCAUUGGAAAGCUGUGCACCUUGGUGAUCAUGUGUUUAGGGGUAUUGUGGCUUCCUGUCAUCCAGUCGUAUGGUUCUGGUGGUAUCAUGUACUACGUCCAGUCUGUCCUCGCCUACCUCUCCCCGCCUGUCUUUGCCGUCUUCUCGACAUCUGUCCUCUGGUCGAGAAUCAACGAGCAGGGUGCAUUCUGGGGGUUGGCGAUUGGUUUUUCUGCGGGGGUCGCCCGAGCGAUCAUGGAAUUCGCUUAUGGCAUACCAGGCUGUUUGGAUGAGGACAACCGACCAGCAAUCCUCAAGAACUUUCAUUUCCUGCAUUUCGCGGCAUUCCUCUACGCUUUUUCCGUCAUUCUCGUCGUCGGUAUCAGCCUGAUGACCAAACGCAUUCCACAUACCAAGCUGGUCAGGUUGACAUUUUGGACCAAAGAUUCGACUUCCCCCCGGGAGCCUAUGUCAGUAGAGGAAGACGAAAGACAGAAGGAAUACGAUGAAAUUAAGAGCCAGCGAAAGAAGGAGUCUGACAUCAAGUAUCACAAUCGAACCGGGCUCAAAUGGAAAAUUUGGACCGUUCUCUGCGGCAUCAGCACCUCACCAAUUGACGAUGAUGAUGACAGAACAAAGGCGGAGAAGGAAGCCGAGGCCUUGGCAGAGAAUCCAGGGACAGCCAACGACCCAUUUUGGGUGAAAGUUACAAAUUUCUUCGGUCUACUUUUGGCUGGAGCCACUAUUUUUGUUUUUGGAUAUUAUGCUUAGGUCAUUCUGGUUAGGAUUUUCGGCUUGUGUGUACAAUUUCCUUUUUUUUAAAUGCUGUUUUCACAUUUAUACGUCAUAUAUAGAUCUGCAUUGUCAUUAACGCAGCCACGUAACAUAGAUAAAACAUUUUAAAGACGUACCAUCUUACUUUCACUUUAACCCUAAAUACAUAUGAAACCCUUGAGGCUUUUGUGACAUGUCAUUUAGACUACUGUAAUGGUUUGCUGUAAAUAAAAAAAAAGUUAUAUUCCCAGCUAAAUGCUACUAUAAUCGGAUUUAGAAACUAAUUAACGUUUAUUCUAUGAUGUUAUAUGAUAUUAUAAUCAUGUAACAACGUUUUCUUGAACGAAAAAGCAAAGCAAAACAAAACGAACAAAACAUUCAUUCAGUACGAGGAUACUAAAUACUUUGUAAAUAUGUGUAUACAUGUUUUUACUUAUUCUUUGUUGUUGUAAUGAGUCUAUGUUCAUGAUUUUGUGAUUAUCAUUAUUAUUUCAAUAUUUGUGUAACUAUUUUUCCUUAUUAUAUGUUUAACAGGGCCUAAUGGAAGACCACCAUUAUUGUUGAUAAUGAGUCACCCUGUCUAAUAAUAGAUAAAUAAAUAAAUAAAUAAAUAAAUAAAUAAACUCCGAGCAAUUCAGAAAUUUCCUGCAAUAUUGAUUCCCUGAAUUAAAAAAUAUUCUCAGAUAACCCCUGUCUAUAAUUGUCAUAAUAGUUUAACUUUCCUAUCAUAGUAGGCGAGCCAAACAUAAAUAAGGCUCUAGAAAAAGAUUCCAUGGCGUUUUGGGGUAAUGCAUGGUAUUCAUGAUAAUUCAUGCGCAUUUCAAAAUUAAAAAUGUCAUUUUAUGUAUGUCAUUUCUCUCUACAGUGUUAUCAUCUUUGGGAGUUUUAAUAAUUUUGUAAUAAUGUUUUCAUUUUUUAUGAAUAGUAAAGAUAUUAAAAUAUCAAUAAACUGCCGUUGACUUGGAGAAAGUUGUAAAAGAAAGAAUCUAUUAUUUGUUUUUAAAAGAAAGAUGUAAACAUAAUUGUAUUGUUGACAUGACACUCAUUUUGUUUUUGAAUGCGAAGAAGAAAUAUUAAAAGAGUGGGAUGGAAGAGGCUUCUUUACAUAUAAAUCAUUUAAUGCAAGAGGAGUUGCAAUAUUGUUAGACAAAAAUACACAUUUUCUUAUAAAAAGAGUAAAUAGUGAUACUGAUGGAAACUAUGUAGCCCUUAUAGUAUCCAGGUUGGUUUCUAGAAUUUUCACUGAGAGCAAUAUUAUGGGCCUAAUAAUGACUUCCCAUAAUUUUUUAGUUGUAUAAAAACCUCUUACUAGAUUAUGAUGAUCCUCACAACAUUAUUUGUGGUGAUUGGAACCUUGUACAGAGUAUGGAGUUACACACUUUUAAUUACCUUCGACUUGGUAAAAGCAUGGGAAAGGUAGAUGAGAUUUAAAAAAUGACUUUAACUUAGUAAAUCCAUUGCGUCAAAUUCAUCCUGAUACAAAAUCAUAUACCUGGCGACAGCCUAUACCUUUGAAACAAAGUAGGUUGGAUUACUUUUUAAUGUCUGCAGAUAUACUUUCCUUGCUAAGAAAAUGUGAAAUUGAUUUUGGCUAUCGCACUCAUCAUUCAUUGAUCAGUUUAGACAUUGUGGUAGAUAAAUGCCAUAAGAGAUUUAACUAUUGGAAAUUUAAUAACUCAUUUUUGAAAAAAAAUCUGAAUUUGUUAAUCUUAUUAAGGAGAAGAUGAAAAAAUAAAGUUUGUUUACAGUACCUUAAUGUUGACUGUCUUGAUGGUAAACAAUUUGAACAUGUUAGUAAAGAAGAUCUGAAAUUUACAAUUAAUGACCAGUUGUUUUUUGAUACUUUGUU